AUGAUACUAUUCACUGUGGAACAGUUGGAACUUAUUCGGCGCUUACGAAGUACCGGUAUAUCGCCUGCACAAAUUGCUGAGGCGUUCCGACAACUCGAACAGGUUGACAAUUCGCUUGAUGCGCCAACACAACCAUCAUUGUUAUCAAGCCUGAUGAAUUCGAUAGAAGCUCAACAGCAAACACAUACGGGAAGUACAAGUCCAAUGUUACUACAAGCGCUCCAAGCCCAACCACCUGUCCCAGUAACAAUCUCCGCGUCACCACCAGAGGCGAGUGCAUCCCCGGAGCGACUCACCGUCCAAACAGUGCCGGCAGCGUCUGCCGCAUCUGAGCCGACCACAUCACGAACACCGGAUGCCAGUGUGAAUGUGUCAGAAGCUGCUGCCAUACCAUCCGGGACCGGGUCUCAGCCGACCCUACCGAGAUAUGAGAAUAAUGCCGGUGGGAGACCGAUUCGAAGUCUACGAACCCCGAUGAAGGAGAUCACCACGUUGGACAGACCGGAAGAGUUGGACGAGUUUAUGGAACAAGGCGAAGAGGCGUGUAUUGCCGAUAUGAAGCAGUUCAUCACCCAGUACUCGCUCAGACAGACUACCGUGGCUAUGAUGACCGGUGUCUCACAGCCGUACAUCUCAAAACUUCUGAACGGAAAUCAUCGAGAAUUGUCGUUGCGGUGCCGCAAAAAUAUUUACUGUUGGUAUUUGAACUGUCGACGUCAUCCACAUAAGCUUUCGGUGUUUUUUGCCGAUCCAGCGACUAGACUUGAGACAAACGGCGAUGGUUUCUUCGCCCAGUCUCCAUUCCCAGACCUUAACAAGAGAGUGGAAAUAGCGACGACAUGCAAUCAAGUUCUUCAGAUCGAAAAACGAGGUGUUGGUUUAAUGCCUAAGGAGGUGGUCUCACCACAAGUGGUCGCUAACUGGUUUGCAAACAAGCGAAAAGAGCUUAGAAGACGUUCACAGGAGGCUAGUGAACAGGCGGCUACGGUUGCAGGUCCGGCAACGAGUCAACCGACUACACCUGCUCAUCCAACGAAUGAGGAGACAACGAGUUCCGGUGUCGGUUCGACACCAUCGCCAAUCAUGGAAGAAACCGAGACAAUGGAUCAAACAGAUGCUGAAUCACGCCCGUUGGAUGUGGUAGCGUUAGCGGCUCGACUAGGCAUCGCAUUUCCACAAUUACCGACCACAUCCGCUGAUUCCACAGCCGAUACUCCAUACUCACAAGCUCUUCCUAUCGCAACAUUAGCAUCUCAUCUAUUGGCAGCCAGUCAAAAUCUACCAUGCUACAAUAAUGACUCACCGGCGCCGCUGACAAUGGCGUCAUUAGCAUCGCAAUUAUUGCCCAGUGCCGGUGCCGGUGCCGGUGCCGGAACAGCGCCACCGAUUCUUCAUUGCGAUUUUUUGGAGGGGACGUUACCGAUGGAAGCGGCCGACGCUGUGAUUUUCGACGUCGGCCUCUUUCAUUCGUUAUGGGGAAUUCGUGGUUGUGUGGCCGAAUACUUGGACGGUGGAUUUGGACGACUUGCUUGGUGCGUAUCGCAUAUUAUCUCCUUGACCGUAUCGCUACCGUUUGCGUUCGUCUCCAGGCCACGGCCAUGUUUCCUCUGGCCAUUAUUGAUACAGGUAUGGUAA